AUGCACUACGCUGGGCGUUUUGCCUUGGACUCCUGGAACUCCAUGUUGGCCACAUGGGCUACUUCCAUCCUUUUCGCCAUCUUCCUGGACUUCGUCAUCGUCGACCCGUUCACGGCGACAUUUUGUGGCUGGAUCUGCCCGAAACCCACGGCUGGAAAGGAGGCCGGCAAGGAGGAUCCGCAGCUCGUCUCACAGCAAAAGAAGGCCGAAGAGAGCAAAGAUCCGGAGCUUGGCCUAUCUGAAGAGGUAGUGCCGCGCCGGGAAAGGAGCUCGGAAAGGGCUGAAACGCUUCCCUUUACUGCCUUCCGCUAUUCCCAGGUGUGA